CUUUCACAUCUCUUGUCUAUUUUAGGGUUUUAAAGCAACAUUUAUUAUUUUAACCCCCAUCCCAUACUUCUGGGUACAUCAGAUAAAAUUGUCGCCAACCUCCUGCUGAGGAUAGAUCUAUUGAGAAUUAUUUGUGUGGCAUCUCUCAGAAGCUCCAUUAUAGCCUCCAGGCAGAACACAGAAUACCUGUAUGUCUUAUGCGUCAUGAGCCGUGUGUUUUACCCCAUCAAGCUCCUCACCAACAGCCCAAUAAAGGAGACUCCUCAGCUGGGUAGAAGUGGUUAAGAAGGAAAGGUGAACAAAAUAGGCACAGUCUCUAGAGCUGUAGGCCUCUCUCUCCACUGCGUUCUCUGUUCCAGACUUGAAAAAGAAUGCCUUUCUUCUCAUCAUUGAUCAAAGCGAUUUUCAUCAUUUCCUUGGCAUUUCCUCUUUAUUCUGAAACUGGUUUUUCACGUCCAAUGGACUUUCGAGAGGAGCCAGAUUGUAGUAUAUAUGAAAAGAAUUUCGGUUUAUGCACCAAAGAACGUGAUCAAGUCUGUGCAACCAACGGCAAAACUUACGGCAAUGAAUGUUAUUUCUGUACUGACAUGAUAAAAAGUCAGAGAACAUUUGGAUUUCUUCGUUUUGGUAAAUGCUGAUUCUGCCUGAGCUACAC